AGAUGAAACACUAGUAUUUCAGUGUUGAGGACCGAAUCCUAUUUUCCAUCUUUGAGUAAUAUUUUACCUAUUAAAACCUUAAAAACAUUCAACAAAUAACCGUUAAGUUUUUAACAGAAUAUUAAGUUAUUCAUCAGAUACUCUCUUAACGAUUUAAAGAAGUGUACAAGAUAUGGAAAACAUAAAUGAAGAUAUUCUGAAGUUAAAAGGUGAAGCACCUCAUUUGGAAAUAAAAAACGAUCUAAUAAGAAAUAUGACAUCAGACAAUUUGUAUCAUUUGGCUUUAUCUACUAGAACUCAUAAUUUCAAGGAAAUGUUUCAGGAUAUAAAAUUUGUAUGUGUUGGAGGAUCUUCCAAACGAAUGGAAAAAUUUGCACAAUUUAUUGCAUCGGAAUUGGGUAUUAAAACACCAUGCAUUAAUUUAGCAAGCGAAACAGAUCGAUACGCCCUUUUUAAAGCAGGACCUGUUUUGAUAGCUAGUCAUGGUAUCGGAACACCAUCAAUUUCGAUAGUAAUGCACGAAAUUUUAAAAUUGCUGUAUCAUGCACGCUGUCAAGACAAGGUGACUUUUUUUCGUUUAGGGACUUGUGGUGGGUUAGGCUUGAAACCUGGAACUGUGGUUAUUUCUGACACUGCUGUUGAUGGGUUGUUUAGAGAGAAAUAUGAAGCUCGGCUGGAUGGAGCAUUUUGCGGAUAUACUCAAGAUCAGAAAAUGGCAUUUUUAAUUGAAGCUUAUAAGAAAGGUGUAAGAAAUAUUGAAAUGGAGUCAUUAUGUUUCUUAGCUAUGUGUCAUCAAGCUAAUGUGAAAGGCGCCGUAAUUUGUGUAACUCUACUAGAUAGAUUGAAAAGCGAUCAAAUUUCUGAAACGAAAACUACACUUAAAGAAUGGGAAGAAAGGCCAGCAAAGAUAGCUCUUCGCUAUAUAAAAUCUGAACUCUCAAAGAACUGA